AUGGCUUCCUUGUCCAUGUCGCUGCAUGCAGUCAACUACCGAUUGACAAAUAUCCCCGUCAAGCAGUUGCCUCCAAUUGCAUCAUGUCUGGCGACAUCAUUGAGCAAUUGCGGGGAGCUUCUCUCUUCUCAGCACCAAAAAUCGAGCAAAUCCGAUUCAGAAGAUGCAGUGCAAGUGCAUAAACUGAUGACCAGGUUGACGAGCUUGUUGCAAGACCGGACCCCCGAAGGUCGAUGGACUGCUGUGGUGCUCGUGAAAGCCAUUGUGGAGGCUGGUCAGUGGGAAGUCUUGCGAGGGUGUGAGCCGUUUGUUCGCGGUCUCAUGGCAAUUCUGGCAAAACCGGAUCCAACUUCUACGAAGAAAAUGUCCAUAAUCACAUUGACGAGAAUCUUCCACCUUACUUACCAGUACCCUACACUCGUCCGCGAGAUCACUACGCCUUCGCUACCGGGAUUCAUUACCUCCGCCCUGAAUUUGAUCUCGGUCAAGCCGUCCUCGGAGCCGAUAAGAACGCUGAAACUAAAUGCGACUCCUUUCUUGGAAACCGUUCUGUAUGCGUUUGGAGAGCUGAUUGCACGACACCCUACCAUUUUUCGCCCAUUCUCAGCGCAAAUACAUAGCCUUCUCCAGGCAAUCAUUGGAUCUACUUCGCCUACAUUUUCGAAACCUGUGGUGGAGCUAGCUGGGCGAUUAUUCGUCUUGCUCCACAACUGUGCCCCCAAGAACACUUCAGGGGAAGAAUGGAAGACUGGGUGCCAGAUGACAAUUGCUUCCCUCCAUGGGACUGCGCAUUACGUACUGCGGGCUGUAGUCGAGCAAUGGGAAUCCAGUGACCCGUCCUUACAGAAAUUUGCGAAGCCGCAAGAUUACAGCCAGGAGAUGCGUGAUUCCGGACCAGACCCGUUGGGGCUCCCUAGCUGGCAGGGCAUUGCUUCUGGUGUGGAUAGACUCAUUGUGGUACUGCGAAUGUUGUCAUCCUUUUUACGUACCCCAACAGCUUCGACAGUGGUAGUACCUGUUGGUUUGAUCCUGGAUUUGACUUCACGACUUACUUCGGUGAUGGUUCCGUCCGAUGGAAUCGACGUCCAGUACAACCCCCAGAUUGGCCGCGCAGAAAGAGAGAGCCUGUUUGCCGAACUGCCUCGUAUCCACACUGCGUGCUUGGAAGUUCUUUUCAAUCUUGUGGAGACGUUGGAAUCUGGCUCUGUUCCAGUUGCACAAACAAUAUUGGAACAGGCCCUCUGGGUUUUCCGUGCGGAGGGAUCCAGCCGAGAGGUCCGGACUUCCAUAUAUGACCUGAUUCACGCUUUGAUUACGUACAUAGGGCCAUCGUUGACCAAACAAGCCGUUUUAUCUCUGACCAAGCUGCUCCAAACCGCCUGCCACGAUCUCUUCCCCCAACCGGGCGAUGAUAGUGCAUCAGUAAAACGAUCAUCGGACUCAAAAGGCAAAUCCAAGCCGAACCAGGCCACCACCAAUGCCGACGCCUUCUUGAAUCCUGGACUAAAGCAGAGUCGUCAUUUGGAGGCAUCUUCAUCGUUGUCUGGGCUGAAGCAAGCUGCCUCGGAACUUAUUUCCGUAAUGCUAACGCAUGCUCCAACUGAAUUCCUCGCUCCAUCGCUGCGAGCCGAAAUCGACCGGACGAUCAUCAUGACCUCCGACAAGAAUGCCAUGCUUGCCAGUGUCCUAAACCCCCUCCCACCCAAGAAGGGUCGUGGAGCCGGGGCCAGUAUUAUUCCAUUCUUGACUCGAAGCUACGCAGCAGAGUUGGAAGUCGAGGGACUUAUCAGACCCAGAAUGCCUGUGCUUAUGAAUGCAUCGCCUGGCUUCGCUGCGUACGACAAUAUCGACGAGGACGAAGAGGAUGAAGCAGCCGUGUCCGUGGCUCACACCACUCCUGCUAAUACCGGAUUCCUGAAACCAUCUACCACACCAAUCCUUCAGGCCAAUCUCAUGGAUACUGAUCUUUCUCCACAACCUGUUUCAGCCAGCAGCAAGCGGAGCCACCAGGAAGCUCUCCACAAACCACCGUUGGCCCCCUCUGGCUCUAACCAGGCAGAAGGAGCGAGUUUACAGAGCAAGAGGCAGCGGGUAGAAACCAGCGACAUCGCUACCCCAAGCCAGCCUUCCCUGAAACAGGCGUCGCCCGGUGCAUUCACAGGCACUGCAGCUCUUUCUAUUCCUACCUCGUCAGUCCCCUCGACCGAAGCACCGCGUGCUCGGACUGCUAGCGUCAAUACACCAUCCACUGACAACGUGGGAGGUCUGCUAUCGGACACACUCAUCCCGCAGUCCACAGUCUCCUCUACGGAGAUAGGGGCAGCCGCGCAGGAGGCAGGUGAGAACGAGAGCGACGAUGAGAUACCGGCGUUGAACCUUGACCCGGACACGGACGACGAGGACGAGGACGAGGAGGACGUCGCGAUGGGUGAGUCAUAG